AUGUGUGGUUUUUCAUUUGCGGCUGUAACUAUAUUGUCAAUUGCACAUCAGAUGAUUCCAUUCACUUCUACUGCUGCUUCUGCUUUCACAACUGUCUUGCUAAGUCUUCUUAUUCAUGUGUUCGCUCCUCAUCACAUCGUCUUCCCUCCAACGCAAGUUUUUUCUUUCAUCCAUUGCCUAGCUGUCGAAAAUCCCCAAAAUUAUUCACCCAAAAUCCUGAGAUCCAAAGCAAAUUCACCGAGUCUUGAUCCACAGUGCAAACAACUUUUUUCCUUUACAGACAAUUUGCUUGCUUAUUUAGAAUGCGAAAGGCUCAGUCACAAGAGAGCUGGAGUUGAAUUUGAAGAACGCUUCCACUCUGAGCAGUGCGGGCCUUAUAGUAUGUUAGGUAAUGGGGCAAGGUUCCUUGGACCAUCUGCUGCUGGUAACGCCGCUGGGUCAAAUAAUAGUCAACAGCAUCAAACACAAUUGGGCCGGGGUGUAUGGCCCACAGCGACAGCCUUCCAGACAAAUGGUGGUGAAUGUGAGUACCAAGAGAGUUGA